CUGCUUCAUUUCUAGACAUUCUGGUCUAUGGGGCUUCAACAAAAUGUCUCCCGUGACUGCAGACGUGUGGGGAUCACGUGAUUUUCCUCUGCUGGGGACGCUGGCAGAUGUGUCGCUCAGCAGUCACGGCGCACACGUGACGUCACAAUUGGGUUGCGAUGAUGCCGUUCUGCCUGGCUGUUUUGUUAUGACGUUGUUUGACUGCAGGGGACGCGCUGAGCACAGGGUAAGGGCCGGCUUUAUUGUGUGGAUAGUGCUCAUCUGAUGGAAUGACUAUAAGUGGACACUGAUUCAGUACAAGGUUAGAAAUGGACAGGAGUGACAUGACUGGGAAGAUCUUAUGCCUCACCCUGAAGAUCAUCUACCUACUGACUGGGGAGGAUUAUGUACCAAUUAAGAGAUGUGAUGAAGACAACAUAACAGCACCUUUACAUUCCUCACAUGAGAGGGAGAAUAAUGAGAAGAUUCUAGACCUCACCAACAAGAUCAUUGAACUGCUGACUAGAGAGGGUGAACAAGACGUGAAAGAUGAACCAGUGACCGGUACUGUAGAUGACAAUAACUUACAUAUAUGGGCUAUACAGCAGUGCAAGGAGGAAGAAUUCCCUAUUAUUAUAAGUGCAGUUCAUUCAUGUCAAACAAUCUCACAAGAUGAUGACCAGAAUAUCCCUCCAGUAGAUGGUGUACAGUGUAAGGAGGAGGAGGUCGCGUCAGACAUAAGUUCAGGUAGAUUGAACUCCAGUCAUAUGCACCAAAGCAAUCUAGGACUAAUGCAUAUAACCCAAAACAUUGCUGAUCUUCCAGUAGGAUGCAGUGUGGGUCCACCCGAAACAAAGGAUGCCCACUUGAAUAUUGUGGUGAUUGAUGCUGGUGAAGGUGACCUACGGUUUAAGGAAGAGGAAGAAGAGAUUCCUAUAGGUUCUAAAUUAGAUGGCUUUGAGAAACCUCUGAUGAGGCCUUUCAAUUCAAAGGUAUACUUAAAGAACGAAGAUGAGGAGAGUGAUGACACUGAAACAGAGGACGAUGAGGACGACAGUGUCAGCGGUUUGAAAAUGAUUAAGUCUGAGAAAAUGGAGACCCGUGUCAAAAUUAAGAGAGAAGAGGUCGCCACAAACAUCGGCCAAGGUGCCAAGAAAACCUGCCCUAGACAGGACGCUGCGAUGUCGACGACAGCCAAGAAGCUUUUUCCUGUAGACCGUAGACUGGUCACUGCAGAAAAGCCAUUUUUUUGUCCCGACUGCGGAGGUUUCUUUAAGCACAAGUCCAGUUUGGUCCUGCACCGCAGAAUCCAUUCUGGAGAAAAGCCAUUUUCAUGUUCCCAAUGUGGAAAAGAGUUUAUACAGAAGGCGAAUUAUAUUCGACAUCAGAGACUUCACACGGGCGAGAAGCCAUAUAAAUGUACUGAGUGUGGGAAGCUUUAUGCACAGAAACAAAGUCUUAUUAUGCAUCAAAAGUUUCACGCUGAAAAUGAACCUUUCUCAUGCCCAGAGUGUGGGGAAAACUUUAUGCGCCAAUCUCAUUUGGUCAACCAUAGGAAAACUCACAAAGGAUUGAAACGAUACUCAUGUCCAGACUGUGGAGACUUCUUCAUGUUGAGAUCCAGCCUGGUCAUUCAUCAAAGGGUCCACAGUGCUGAAAAGCCAAUUACUAGCUUAUGAUAUAUUUGGACUAUAUAUAUAUAUAUAUAUAUAUAUAUAUAUAUAUAUAUAUAUAAAUAAUAAAGGAACUUGUGUUCAAAAGACAAACUAUUCCCAUGAAACAACACAGAAGUGAUUGGGAUUAGGAAAGGGAAUGCCCAAUAGACUAGUUGAUAUAUGUGGAGAUCACUUUAGGUCCCUUAGUGGCAAGACUUGUAUGCCAUCUUCUUUUUGAAUAGUUUUGCCGUGACAUGAGUGGAUGUAACUCUAAGUCAUGCCCUGUGAGCACUUCAGUUUUUUCACCCCAAUGUGUACAUUUUGUCUUGCUUUUGUGCAUUGCCACCUUAGGAAACUUUGGUUGGAAUGGGGUUUUACUGUCACUAAAAUCUGACAUAUCAGCAAGUUUUGAAAUGUUUGCCACCCAUACAUUUUUAAAAUGAAGAUCUGUGAUGGUGUUCCAGCUUGUGUACCCCAAGAAAAACUGGGCCCCUUAAUUUUUAGCUGUAUGUCAGACCUCAACCAAUUAUUAUGAUAUAACCUAUCCAUGUAUCCAUAAAUGUUGGGGCUGAAGCUGCUUUGCAGGAGAACUUCUCUUAUCUUGUCCCUUUGACAAUGCUUCCAUCUUUUUGAUAGGAAACAGUGAAUUAAGACAUUUCUAUGUCCUGACGACCACUUUUAGCUAGGAUAAAGACAUUUAUUUAUUGUAUUUGAAGAUUACAACAGUGGUCUGUUAAUAAUAUGAGUCAGCACAGUCUAGGAACAAUCUCAAAUUUUAGCUGCCCUUGUAUUGCCACCAAGGUGAAGUGGUGGUAGAGUUUAAAGGGGUACUCCACUGGCCAGCAUUCGGAAGUAAAUGUUCCAAAUGCUGUUUUUGCCCUGCGGGGGCCGGCCACGUCCCCUUGUGACGUCACGUCCAUGACCCCUCAUUGCCAAUCUAUGGGAGGGGUCGUGACAGCAGUCACCCC